AAGUGCUGCGUUAUUUGAACCAAGGUUAAUCGAAGAACGGGAGGAUGUAGACGACCUGAGGAAGGUAAUAGAAGAAACUGAGAAGAGCAAUAUCAGAAGCCUUCCCACCGUAGCUUAUGACAUUCAAGGCAAAGCGGCAAAUAAUAGCAGUCCAUUAUUUGUGUUCCAUCAUGGUGCAGGAUACUCUGGUUUAUCUUUUGCCUUAGCCGCUUUACAUAUUAAAAAUUUAACAAAUGGCGAAUUUACUAUAUUUGCAUAUGACUGUAGAGGUCAUGGGAAAACGAAAACAACCGAUGAUCUCAAUUUAUCAUUGGAGCAAUUAAGUCAAGAUUUAGCCGACGUUUUGAAAGCAGCUUUUGGGAAUGAUGUUAUAACAAAUCGAGAAAUUUUCUUGGUGGGACAUAGUAUGGGAGGUUGUGUGGUGGCAGAUGCAAUGUCUAGACAAUUAAUACCUUCU